AUGGUAGAUGAAGAUGAUAGAUACACAGAUGAUUCCGUUGAAUCAGAAACUGACAGCGACGACUGUAUUGUUACAAGUCCAAUAUCCAAGAAUAUUAUACAGGCAACUGAAAAAAUCCGGAUUGAAAUUAUAUCGCUUGGUCUUUUUGAGUCACGAAUUGUAGAAGAUGAAACAAUACAACAACUAUUUGUAGAAUGCAGGUUUUACAAUUUCACUGCACACGAGACCCCAGUGUCACUUCCAAAACCACCAAGUGGACAGAGGGUUCACUAUAACUAUAGCAGUGUGAUACGUGUGGAUAAGGCAAAUAAUCUCGCAAGAAGAGAGUAUCUCAAGUCUAUACUUCAAAAGCCAGAUCUAGAAACUGACAGCCUACUAUUUACAGUGGUUAGUGAUCCCCCAGAAGAUAAACAGGAUCUUGAAUGUGAAGAUAUUGGUUUUGCUUAUGUCAGUUUGAGAGAGAUAUUUCAGAAAGGAAGGGAUGUCAUUGAGGAAGAUAUUUCUGUUUUUGAUUCGCAAGAUGAUAGUGCAAUAAUUGGUAAGCUUAGAGUAACAGUGGAAGCCCUCCAUGCACUGCGUUCAGUCUACGAGGAAUGCAAAGAUGACUAGGAGGCAUGAAAGGGAAGUUUGCCUACAGAAGUUUCUUCUGUAAAUACAUACUUGAUAGUGCUUCAAAGAUGAGAUCUUCAUAAUUCUUAGAAUAUAUUUAAUGUAUAAUUUAUAUAAAAAGGACUCUUAAUUUAUAAUAAUAAAGUUUUGUAAACUUUUCGGUCUGUUUGUUUUUAUAUUUCCCCCCUAAGGCUGAGUAUCUCCCCACAGUGGACAGCGCCUUGUGAAUAAUUAAUACCUACAUGAUUGAAUGAUGUGCUUUAUUUGCAUUUUCAACAUUUUUUCCUACAUAAAACAGUAAUAAAAAUGCAAGUCAAAUUUUUAAUUUUUAAUAAAAAAAACCAUAAGCCUUAGAAAACUGAUUAAAAAUACUUUUAUGUUAUCCCUAAUCACCCCACUAAAUGGAAUGCCUGUGAUUAGCCUCAUUAAGAAUUUUAUACUGUGAAGAUUUUAUUAAAAGCAAUAUAUGAAAAUUACUUGGAUUAAUGUGUUAAUCUGCCUCUUUAAAAUGCUAAUAUCCAUUUUAUGC